AUUUUUUGUUAUGGAUUUUAUAUAAGUGUAUGCACCAUACGAUAAAUAUAACGUAUUAAAAUAUUGCUGAAGUUUAAUGUUUUGAAACGUCGCGAAAUCACGGUCCGCGAUGGCAGUCACAUGCAUUGUUCCGAGGGCCCGUGAUCGUCUUCGUCUAUGUACGGAAAGAUAAAUCGGGCGCGAUGGGAUUUUUAAACAUAAACACAGAUCUGUUGCCCAUAAAGGCGCAUUAUUUUCUUUUCGAUGCAGGAAAUUCGCCCAUCAACCCAUUCCUGUCGACGAUCGCCAAGCAGCGGGGCUACUCGCCGUCGGUGGUCGGCAACAUUUUCACGUUACUGUUACUGCUGAACAUCGUGGUCAAACCGCUGACCGGCUACGUUACCGACAGAUGGAAGUGUCGGCGAACCGUGUUCCUUGGCGUGAUCCUUCUCAACGGUCUUAUAACUCCCACGCUGUACCUCGUGCCGGGCGCUACGUCGUCGGUCGGCGAGAUACCGGACACCGAGACCUAUGGCUCGCUGUAUUUCUGGUGGUUCUCGAUCGUCGUCAUGCUGAGGAUGAUCUUGUUCAUGAUUGGCGAAGUCUUGCAGGAGACCAUAUGCAUGGGAAUCCUAGGCGGAGAUACCGUCAAGUUUGGAAUGCAGCGGCUCUGGGGUGCAGCUGGAUGGGGCACCAUGUCUUUGGUGGCGGGGAGUGCCAUUGAUUGGUACAGCAGUGGCUUAGCACAAAAGAACCAUUUGCCCGGAUAUUUGCUCUCGGCGGCCUCGUUUUUCGUAGAUUUCGUGGUGGCAUUCAACUUAAAGGUACCCGAAACUGACGGACCGACGACAAACAUACUUGGGGACGUGAGAGUAGUGUUGAAAAACGCCAAAGUAUGCGUUUUUCUUGUUUGGGCAACGGUCGGUGGAAUCUUCACGGCGUAUGUCUGGUUCUAUUUUAUCUGGUAUGUCGAUGAUUUGGCAACAAUUUAUCACCCUGAACGGAAAUCGAUGUUAAGCUCAAUCGAAGGAUUUUCUCUCACUAUUGAGUGUUUAGGUGGAGAAGUUCCAUUUUUCUAUUUAUCUGGUUACCUGAUUAAGCGUACCGGCCAUAUGACGGCUUUUUCAAUAUCCUUCGCCAUGUUCGCAUUGCGAUUCCUUUUAUAUUCGAUCAUUCGAGACCCUCUUUGGGUGCUGCCUGUAGAGUUGUUAAAUGGUAUCACGUUUGGAUUGAGCUACAUUGCUGGAAUAUCAUAUUCAGCGAAAAUUGCCCCUGUUGGUAGCGAAGGUACAGUCCAAGGCUUGUUUUCGAUGGCCUUCCAAGGAUUCGGAGGAUCUUUGGGUUCAAAAUUAGCCGGUUACACAUUCAGUCAUUUAGGCAGCGUGAUGGCUUUUCGACUUAUCGGUUUCAUCGCACUCAUAGUAUGUGUCAUUCAAAUAGUCGUCAAUUACUUUUUAAAUCGGAACAGAAAAUUAAUUGCAUAAAUAAGAGGAUCAAAACAUACAUAUCGACAAAGUAUUUAAUAUUUAUCAUAAACAAGAUGACUUCAAAUCAAUGUAAGAGUUCCAUACACGAUCCUCAUUUCGUAUCUCCACUGUCAGAUAUUUGUGAGCUAUAUGAAGCAAGGCCGUAACUGUGGGGGGUCUACCCCCUGGAUCCCCUGAUUUAAAAAAAAAAUUAGAAACAUGAUUUUAGCUGUGAAUAUUGGCUAUAGUGAGUAAAAUAUAAUUUUAUAUUUAUGUAAAAUCAGUAAUAACUAGAUUAAAAAAAUAUUUUUUAUAUUUUGAACUUAAAAAAAAUGAGUGUCACUAUCUAUGUUUAAAAAAAUGUUCCAUUUCCCUUUACCCCAAAAUGUUUUCCAAGUUACGGCCUCGAUAUUAUAAUGUACUUAUUAAUUUUUAAAUAUAUCUGAAAUAAUCGAAAUAUGAUGCAUAAAUUUUGCGUAUUAUGUUAAAAAUUAAAUACUAUUGAUGUCUGGA